AUGAAACAGUUUCUCUAUGCUGGAAGGAAAUCUCGCGCAACAUGUGCGCUACAUUCGCGCAAUUUUUGUGCACGUGAUGGAUCGUUUGGUUGGCAUUCCGAUGCCUCGAAGGAGCAAAGUGACCCCGAUGGGGGUGAGUUUCGAAUAACAGUCAUAUAUCGCUUAGGACUUGCCAAUAAUCUGGAUGUCAUCAAAGAAGCGAGAAAGCGCUUUCAUGCCUAUACUGGUGGUGAUCUCUCUGCUCUUUCAGCUGAUCUCCGUAGCUCUGUGUUUGAUAUCAAGGAAACAUUCGGUGAAGCUGGCAAUGCCAAGUUGUUGCACGAUUUAUACAACAAAAGCGAUUUCGCUGGGAAAGGGAGCGAUUGUCUUGGUGCCAUGGGCUUAGUGUCGAGAUUAUCUGCUAUUGGAUUGGGCCGUAGAAAAUUAUUGACAAGACAAGUGGGACUUUUUGUCGAACAAGUUCUCGGCGAUGACAUUGGGCUACAUGUAUGUGGUGUCAUUUCUGAAUUUCAAAGUGAAUCAAUGGCUGUAGAGGUCGAGGCUUUUAUGGUGGGCAAUAAUACGUUGAGAUACAAGCGUCGCCUCGAAGAAGCGCUCGAGGGUAUGCGCUCAAAAGUGCUGUUUGCUGUCGCGACCGUGAAUCUCUGGCCAUGUGGCUAA